UGUAGAUAGUAGAUAGUACUACCUGUUGUGCACUAAUGGGUUGUAAAUGUCAAGUAUAAACUAGAAUCCGGUAUAAGUAGAGAUGGAAAUAACUAUACUGCGUAGAAAUUCAGUCGGUAUAUAAGUUGCACCCAGAGCUAUCGACAUUUUUUAGAAUUUUUCAACUGAAGCAUUGGUAUAGUAAACGCCAUAUCUAUAAACCCGUAUCCGCGAGUCCGCUCGAUCUUCAACAUGUAAGUAUGUUUUCAAUUUUCGAUCUGUGUAUUCCAUGUAUUUACAACGUACAGAAUGACAUUAUAGUCAUUUGAUUUAUAUGCUAGCUUAAUUGAUCUCCAGUUGAAUACAAAAGUGAUUUUUUUACUUCUCGCUACGGCCGGCCCACCUUGAUAUAAAUAAUUUAUCACGCUGAUAUAGCAAGAGCACAAUAUUUUUUUGUAAUAAUUUUACAUGUAAAGUACUAGACGAUAACGUGUUUAAGUACCCAUAUGAUACGUAUAAAUGCUUAGCACUCGCGGUUCAUUGGUUUAUUAUAAAUAAAAGUAAAAAAAAAUGUCCAAAACGAGAUUGACUUAUUGCAAAAAUUACCGAACUUGACGUAGUCGCACUUCACGCACACUAUAGAAUGUAAAACAAUAUCGCUUGUGCAAAUCGCGCGCGUCUCUCUUACGCAAUAAACUAUUUUUAAAAUAUUGACGCGUUAAAAUUAUUAAGUUAUAGACACAAUAUAACGCAGGUUCAGUUCAAAUAAUCGAAUAAAAAGUAUUAAUUGUAACAAAGAAAUCGAUAAAUCCGACAGCCACAAACUCUCAUCAAGAUAUAAGAGCUAACGAACGCGCUUGAAUUUUUUUUUGUAAAAACAACUCAGAAGUUCGCGGAACUUUCCUCAGAUUACAAUGUCUCGCUUGCGAUCGGCGAGAAUCGCGGUAUCAUGCGACCAAUAUGUUUACGCGCAUCUAAAGAUAAAUGACGCACAGAUGAUCUUGAUUCGAGAGUGCGAAUUCGGUGGUGGAAAUCGAAUAACCCCGCUCGAGCAGUUGCCGGAUUGUCGUUCGUAUAAAAGCACCUUUGCUUGCCAAAAUUUAACAACAGUCGCUGACCGACUGCGUUACAGAGCGAAGAGACACCGAGAGGACAUUUUCAACCGAAUCCUGCAAUCAUGGCUUGCGACUUGGACCGUUUGGCUAAGGAGACCUUGAGCGAGAAGAUGCGAACGAAUUACUUGGAAUUCGAUGGAGUCGUUUUGCCCGAAGAGUACAAACUGUAUGCCGACCAGGUAGAGAAUUUUGAAGUUUACGACGAUGACGUUUACGUCUGCAGCUUUCAAAAGUCAGGUACAACGUGGACGCAAGAAAUGGUCUGGUUAAUCGCGAACGAUCUGGACUUCGAGAAGGCUAAAUCUCCGAUCAACGCCAGGUUUCCUUUCCUAGAAUUCUCAGGAACGAUAAUGACAGCCAGGGCCGCGAUGCGCGACCCGAACAUGGAGGUGCCGUCCUGGGUAACGAAGAGCGUUGACUUCUGCAAGACUUUUCCGAGGCCGAGAUUCAUCAAGAGUCACCAGCCCUUUAAUCUCCUGCCGCGACAGAUCAGGACCGGCGAGAAGAAGCCGAAAAUAAUUUACGUCGCGAGAAAUCCGAAGGACGUCUGCAUUUCGUUCUACCAUCAUUCCAAGCUCUUGGAAGGUUUCUGCGGAACCUUCGAUGACUUCUGCAAGCUGUUUUUGGGUGAUAAAUUGGUCUACGCGCCUUACUGGAAUCACGUUCGCGGAUUUUGGGAGAGAAAAGAUCAGGACAACAUGCUUUUCCUGCUGUUCGAGGACAUGAAGAAGGAUCUACCAUCGGUAGUGAGGAAAACAGCUCAGUUCUUGGGCAAAACUCUGGACGACAGUCAAGUGCAAGCUCUGUGCAAGCACCUGAGCUUCGAAAGCAUGAAGGUCAAUCCGGCCCUCAAUCGUGUGACGACCAUCGCGUGGAUAAGGAGCCUCAACCUGUCGAAAGACGAUUCCGAGGAGAACGAAUUCAUUCGUAACGGAAAUGUCGGUCAGUGGAAGGCGACUAUGAGCGAGGAGUGGAUCAAAAAGUUCGACGAGUGGAGCGCGAAAAAUUUGGCCAGCUGCAAGGGACUGAAAUUUUAACGAUCUCGUCGUAUUUCGAUGGAAAAAUGUGAUAUUUAAGAAUGUACAUUUUCACUUGAAAUACUGUAAAUAAAUAAUAGCAUAAGUUUUGUUUUUUACGAAAA